AUGAAUGAAGAAGGGAAAUAUCGCUUAAACAAAAUGAAGGACAUCGAAACUCCAACUACUACUAUACUGACGAAUGACAUACAACCUGAAUAUAUAAAUUUUGAGUUGCUGAGAAAGAUAGAAAAAAAGUUUAUUGUAAAUUGUCCCCUAUUUGAAGUAUAUAAAAAUUUGGAAAUAUUUGAAAAAGCAAAAGAAUAUUAUUCUAAAAACAGAAAUAAUGAAAAUGUGACAAGAAACUACCUACACAACUUUGCCGAUUUUGAUAAUAGCUAUAGAUAUAUGAAUGUAAGAAAUGUUUUGACAAAUUCUUUUUCCCUAAAUAUUAAUAAAAACAUAACGAUAAAACAGAAUAAUUGCACAAUUGUAUUUUCAAUAGACGAUUUUUCCAAAUGUGUUGAAAUUUUUGAGCCAGACAUUUUUUGUAUUCCAUCAGAAGAAGUGAAAAUAAAUGAAGAUGUUGGAAAAAAAAAAAAAAUACGUAUAAUAACACUAAUGAAUGAAUUUUUAAAAAAAAUUAAAAUGUUGAAAGAUAAACAAAUAAUAUGUGAAUCUCUUUGCAUUUUAUCCGUCCCCUCAACAAUUAAUUUAAACAAAGAUCUAAUGGAAGAAACGUUAAAUAAGUAUAACUCUGUUAUAGAUGGGUAUCUAUUAAGUGGAAUAGGCUACGAAGAAUCAAAUCAAGUGAGAACCAACCAUUUAAAAAAUGUUUUAAGUGUUCUACCAAGUAACAAAUUGAAGCUUAUUCAACUAAGUAUAGGUUCCCCCAUCGAAAUUUUGCAUUCCGUUUUUCAUGGAAUAGAUAUUAUCGAAUCAAAUUUUCCGUACGAAUUAGCAAGAAGUGGAAAGGCUAUUAAUAUGGAUAUCAAAAUGGAAACAUCAGCAAGUGAUGUAAGCAAAGUACACCACAUUAAUAUCAUAAAUUUUAAAAAUGAAGAAAUUUUUAUUAUAGAUUUAAAUGACUCAAAAUAUAAUAUGGAUUAUUCCACUAUAACUAAUAAUUCACCCAGAAAUGAAAGCAGAUCGUAUAUACAUCAUUUACUAAAGUGCCAAGAGCUAACGGCUAAUGUUAUAUUAACGUAUCACAAUAUUCACAUAUAUAGUUUGUUUUUUCAAGAAAUUCAAAAUCAAAUUAAAAAUAAUAAUUUUUUGUGUUAUAUCAGUUGGUUCAUUGAACAUCAUCAAUUGAACUUGUAA